GAUGUAUGCAAUCUGAUUUGAAUAAUCAAGUACGAAUAGAUGGAAAACGUCUUGCAAAGAUUAUGCUAACAAUGGAUGAAUGGAAAUUAAUAGAAGCUAUUUUUGAAGUACUUGAAGACUUUCAAGAAUUAACAAUAACAUUGAGCGGUGCUAAAUAUCCAACUCUUAAUUUAGUUUACCCACAUGUUAAAGCUAUUUUUGAAAAUUGGAAAUUUUGGAUGUCUUGGAUAAUUUGA